AUGGAAGAGCUGGUUACACAUUACAAAAAGAAAAAUCAAUCGUUAGAAGACAGAGAGAUGGAAUUAAUGUACAGGUUACAAAUGCAAGAAAAUACCAUGCUUGCCAUCCUUAUGGCAAAUAUUUUUAAAAUGAUGGCACGACAAGCACGGCAGCCUGCACCAUCAACUGGAAUACCUCCGGGUACUGAUGGUACCCCGAAGGCUACUGCUAUCUUGAAUCCAGUAGAGGAAGAACUGAUGUCGAGGCUAUGUACACUUGAAGCAAGACUCGAAACGGAAUUGAUGAUGCUUCAGGAAUCUCGUGAAAAAGAGAAUGUUUUAUGGAAAAAAUUGUACAAACUGGAAAUGAUUUUAAAUUCCAAAGACACCGAUACAGGGCACAUCCUAGAUCGUAAUCCUGGACGUGAUUUAGACAUUUUAGAGAAAGUUAUAAAAAUGGCUCGAGAGGGUAUCGAAAUGCAACGAAGAAUCAAAGAAUUAGAAGUGAAAGAAGCUCUGUAUCAGAAAACCAUAGAUAAAUAUGAUCGUUUGUUUUCUGACAAGGAUUAA